AGCUGGGCAGGCUGCCUAUUGAUUGGAAAACAACGGGCUGUGGGAGGACAGAUAAGGGUGGCUGUGGGCUAACGGGUGAGGGAAGGGAUACAGACCAAAGCUCUCACCGCGCUGCCAUCUUUACCUCCCCGAGCACUUCUCCCGUCUCUUUCACCCUGUAAUGAAUGUAGGUGCUGCUGGUGCUCGCUGCUGGAUUUUGCUGCAAAGGGAGGCGCAGAUUCUCCUGGUCUGAGAAGAGACCUUUCUACACGCCAAGCCAUACCAAUCGGCUCCUCUAGCGGCAGGCCACGGUCCAGCAAAGCACACAGAAUAAAAUUCACUCCAGUAAUGACACUGCGUCAGACGCCCUGACCGAGGUGCAACUUCACUGGGUUCAGACCUCUGACAGGGGACACCAUGGAAGCCCCUCUCGUGUGCUUGGAUGAGGAGUUUGAGGACCUCCGGCCCUGUCGGAUGGACGAGAUGGACCUUCCAACACUCAGCCACUCCUACUCCACUUCCACCAUCACCACCACCACCAUCCCCUUGGCCUCCAUCACCCGUGAGGAUUUCUCUGAGCUGGAGAACUUCUCCGAGAUGAUGAGCUUCAAGUCGAUGGAGGACCUGGUCAACGAGUUUGACGAGAAGCUCAACGUCUGCUUCCACAAUUACAACACCAAGACAGAGGGCCUGGCGCCCAUACGCAACCAGUCUCACAACCAGGAGGACGAGGAGCAACUGCAAGACGAAGAUGUGUGGGAUGCUCUAACUGAUAACUACAAUUCCACUUGGGACAGCCCUGACUCUGAGGGAUUCAACGGCAACCUUUCUGACCAGGAGAUCCAUGAAAAAGAGGAGGAGGAGAUGAAUGAGAAGAAUGACAAUGCGAGCUGCCUGAAUGAAGAGCCUCUCAUCACAGCAGAUCAGGUCAUUGAGGAGAUAGUUGAGAUGAUGGAGAACUCUCCGGAUCCCGGGGAAACUGAGGAGGAGGACGAGGAAGAGAGCAGCCACUGCUCCAGGACCAAUCCUUCCCUUCUGGAGGAGAUCAGGCAGCUGUCACAGGCCUCCAACAACAACUGUUCAUACGAAGGCCUCAGCCUCAUGCCCAGCUCAGCGCUCGUGGAGCUGCUGCAUAGGGUGGAGGCUGCCAUCCGUGAGUACUCGGAGGAGCUGGUCAGCCAGCUGGCACGGCGCGAUGAGCUGGAGUUUGAGAAGGAGGUGAAGAACACGUUCAUCACGGCGCUAAUCGAGGUGCAGAACAGGCAGAAGGAGCAACGGGACAGCAGCAAACGCAGGCGUCGGGACAAGGCCCUUAGCCUGCAGGGGGGAGGCACGGCGCCUCUGAAUGGGGGGAAUGCAGGCACCACGGGCCGCACGGAGAAGACAGGGACCAUGCCUGUCAAGCGCUUCAGCAUGGAAGGGCUGUCCAACAUCCUGCAGACGGGCAUCAGACAGACGUUUGGAAGCACAGGGAAUGAGAAGCAGUAUCUAAACACCGUUAUUCCAUUUGAGAAGAAAGCCACCCCUCCAUCUGUCGAUGACCUGCAGAUGCUCACAAAAAUUCUCUAUGCCAUGAAGGAGGACAGCGACAAGGUGCCUACACUGCUGACUGACUACAUAUUGAAAGUCUUGUGUCCUACCUAAAGCACCGGCAGGCCAGGGCCCCACCGUUUGACGGAGCAUUCCUCUCCACCCUCGAGGGCUUUUCCAACCUUCGUCGCCUCUGGCCCAAGCUGCAUGACCUCCCCUCUCUCCCCCCCCCCCCCACCAUGGAUCCUCACCAUCGACAUUAUCGUAUUCACCUCAACUACGACUACUGCCUUUCGCUGAGCUCACCUCCUCCCCCUCCUGCACAUUAAGCUGGGGCCAGACCCCCAAUAUGGCCGCCAUCUGAAUAAAAAACUGGCCCCGGGUCAGUUCCCACGUUUAAGGGACUUCACUAAUGGAGCAUGACAUGCUGUUAACGAUCGCAACACCACUUUGGUACAGGGAUGCAGUGACACCACUGCUUUCUUUUACUCAGUCCGUUUACGUUAUUAUCUUUCAUUUUAUUUCGUGUCGUCUAACAUUUUCAGUGUUGCCAAGUAUUGACAUCAUAAACUGACGUAUUAACCACCGGGUUGUUCUGUCCAUUGAUCCACGAGGACCUAACUGUCGGAUAAAUAAAAUGCCAUACUGCAUUCAUAUACAUAUACAGCACAUCUCCCUGGUUGUUUAUGAAAAUAAAACACAGAUUCAUUUGAAUACUAAAGCCAUGCACCUUUUUCUGCCAACUUAGUACUGUAGCUCCAUGUGAAUGAGAAGAAUCACGACUAUUACGGGUGCAGUGCGGUGCAUUAAAGAGCUUCCCCUCCCCCUGCAUUUUUCCUUUCACUAUCCCAAAAUCCAGUGCUCUUCUAAAGAUUUUUAAUAUAUAUUUUUGUUUCAUUUGUAUUUGAUACGAUCUCUGUUGUCGACUUUCUACUUUUAUUUACUGUGUCAUCCGAUCAACAGGCUUCUGUGCAUCUCACCCUGUUCAGCCAUGUGGAGGUGUAUCGCUGGUAUUUUUAUUUGAUUUUUUUUUUCCGUGGAUAUCAUCCCCAGUGAGACGAGCUCAUUUCAAUGAAGGCGUGCAUAUUAGCAUAUUUAUGACUUCCUUUGCACCGUGUAGGUGAAUGUUACAUCGCUAAUCGCAAAUUCUAAUAAACAUUCUACCCAAA